CUGAUAUUUCAAAUAAUCUUCACGGAGCCGUUACAAAAGCUAUAACCCAAAAAGUUUUAACAAAUCUAGUGGAUAAAGAAGAAGUUUCAUGUAAAACUUAUGGGAAACAAUCUGAUCAAUUCGAAACACCUUCACCAAAUGAUUUGAAUGAGAUGGAUACAAAAAUUCAAGAACUUAAAAAAGAAGUUAAUGAUUAUAAAGAUCGAAACAAACAAUUACAAUCAG